AAUUGCAAUGGAAGGUGAAUCUAAAAGUAUAUUUGGAGAUUUUUUUCUUCGGCCAAUUGCCGACGUUCGUGCUUCAAACACCACGAAAGAUAUUCCAGCACCGGCAAAAAGUACUACAAAAGUAGAGCUUCAAGUGUUGAGUCUGCAGGAAGAAAGUCACAACAUGAUAAUGUCAACAUUGAAAUACAUUCAUGGUGAUGAGUUUAACUUUGGAAGUGUAGCAGAUUAUAAAGAUCGAGGAUCGAAGAUAAAGAAGUCUUAUUGGAAGGAAAGAGGAGAGCUGGUGAUUCAAGGAGGCUUCGACUAUAGCUACAUGCGAUCAGCUGAAAGUGGUGAAGAAAAAAUGAAAGUUUAUGCUUUAGUUAAACUUGAAAGUUAUGGAUUUCACAAACGACACUGCCUCGAGUGCCUUGACAUGUUCAACGACAAUAUUGACGAUUCUAUGAAUUUAUUAUUCGAUAAAUAUUUUCCUACACGGCGAAAAGACUUUGUCGAAUGUGAUAUGAGCGAAGAAAGUCGUUACGAAAUGAUGAACGACGAGAUGGAAUCAUUGAAAUCAAUUUACAGUGCUGAAGAAUUUCAAGAAAUUGAAAAGAAUCAUAUUUGGCAAUUCAAACUUAGACUGGAUUAUCUUCUUAAGUUUUCGCCAUCAGAAGAGAAGAAAAUUGAGAAAAAGAAGCAACUGGAAAAGGAAGCUCGUCUUCAAGAGCUGCAAAGAUUGCGACUUCAUAAGAAAAAGAUUGACAUUGAUAAAUGUCGAAAUUUGAUUGAGAAAGGAAAGUGUAGAUUCGGUCCCAAAUGUAGAUACUCUCAUGACAUCAACAAGAAUGAAGACGGCUCAACAUCAGGAAUUAAAAAGAAAGACGAACCUGACGACGGCCUUCGAACGUGGUACGUUGAAAUUCGUUUUCCAAAAUGGAUCAAAUAUCCAGCAGCUGCGCCAAUCAUUCUGAUUCGAAAUAAGAUCGCUGACAUCCCCAAAUCAAUUUGCUUGCGAAUCAAUCAACGACUUAUAGAAGAAUCUCGUGAACUUGCCAAAGAUCAAAUCCCAUCUGUUUACAGUGUCAUCGAUUUACUCCGAAACGAAGAAGAAAUUUUAAGUUAUUUAAAUAAAAAUACUUUCUUUAAAUAUCCAUCAUCAGAUAUCAGCAUCUUUGACUACGACCCGUUUGAAUUAGAUAAAGAAGACGAAGAAGACGACAACAGCAAUUUACCAUCUCAUCACAGAUUGGGACGUGUCGACAAAUUCGAUAAACGAAAUUUAAGCGAUCAAGAAGUUCUCAAAGAUAAUUUGAACUUGAUCAGAAAGUUUCAAGAGAAACUAAACAAUUCUUAUUACAAAAAGAUGCUUGAAGCUCGUCAGACACUUCCUGCAUGGAGUAUGAAGGAUGAAAUUGUUAAGACAAUCAAUUCCAAUCAAGUUGUCGUUAUAAGUGGAGACACUGGUUGUGGUAAGUCAACUCAAGUUCCACAAUUUAUUCUCGAUCAUUGGAUGACGACGUCCCAAGGCCUGAAGAAUCCUUCAAAAAUCGACAUCAUUGUUACUCAACCGAGAAGAAUCGCUACAAUUGGAGUUGCUGAAAGGAUAAGUGAUGAAAGAAAUGAGAAAAUUGGUGGGGUUGUUGGCUAUCAAAUACGACUCGAAAAUAAAAUUUCAUCAUCAACACGUCUGACUUUCUGUACAACUGGAAUUCUUCUUCGAAGACUUUACUCUGAUCCACUGCUCGAUACUGUUACUCAUCUAAUUCUCGAUGAAGUUCAUGAAAGAUCAGAAGAAUCAGAUUUUCUUCUUUUAAUUCUUAAAGAAGUUCUUCAAAAGCGACCACAAUUGAAAGUUGUUCUAAUGUCAGCAACACUCAACUCAAAAUUAUUUUCUGAAUACUUUAACGGUGCACCAGUCUUAACAAUUCAAGGAAGAACAUUUCCGGUUCAACAGAUUUUCCUCGAAGAAAUUCUUGAGUGGAGUGGAUUUGUUCUUGAACCCGACACACAAUAUGCGAAGAAAAUAUCAAGAAAAGAUGAAGAACAAUUAAUGCAAGAGUUGGAAUAUGCUGAUGUGAGAGCAAACGACGCUCCACCGCCACGAUUUGCGAAAGACGAAAACUUAAAACUCGCUGAUUUGAUUGCAAGAUACAUCGACUAUUCGCGGAUGACAUGCAAGACAUUGUUUCUCAUGGAUCCACUGAAAAUCAAUCCUGAACUUAUUGAAGCAGUUCUGACUUACAUCGUAGAGUCGGAUGAACAUGAUUGGCCACGUGAAGGAACAAUUUUAGUGUUCUUGCCAGGAUUAGCUGAGAUUCAAGCCGUUUUCGAUGGACUCAUGGAUAGUAAACUAUUUGGAAGUCGCUCAAAUAACUUCGUUCUUAUUCCUUUGCAUUCGACAUUAUCAUCGGAAGAACAAAGUUUGGUGUUUAAGAAGAUGCAUGGAAAACGUAAAAUUAUUCUCAGCACGAACAUCGCUGAAACUUCUGUGACAAUCGACGAUUGUGUCUUUGUGAUUGAUGCUGGUCAACAGAAGGAAAAACAUUUUGACAGUAAUCGUAACAUGGAAUCGCUGGAAACUGUUUGGAUAUCGAGAGCAAAUGCCAGUCAAAGACGAGGUCGUGCUGGUCGUGUGAUGCCUGGAAUUUGCAUUCAUCUCUUCACUAAACAUCGACAUGACAAUAAUAUUCUCGCACAGCCAGUGCCUGAGAUUCAUCGAGUUCCUUUAGAACAACUUUUGUUAAGAAUUAAAAUGUUGCCUUGUUUUGAUGGUCACACUUUGACUUCAAUCUUAAAUCGAGCAAUUGAGCCACCAUCAGAUGACAAUGUUCAAGGGGCUGUCAAGCGACUUCAAAAUCUUGGAGCUUUUGAAAAUGAAGAUUUGACAGCUUUAGGAUCGCAUCUUGCACUUUUACCUGUUGAUGUUCGUAUUGGCAAAUUGAUGUUGUUUGGUGCAAUAUUUCAAUGUCUUGACAGUAUUUUGACAAUCUGUGCCUGUCUCAGUCACAAAUCUCCUUUCGUCUCGCCAUUCUCAAAGCGACAAGAAGCUGACGCUCGUAAACGGCAAUUCGCUAUUGGUAAUAGCGAUCAUUUGACGGUUCUUAUGGCUUAUAGAAAGUGGAAGGAAGCGAAGAAGAAAAGUCGCUAUGCUGGUCAUGUUUACACUGAAGAAAAUUAUCUUUCACUUCGAACUUUAGAGAUGCUUGGAGAAAUUAAAUUUCAGUUUCUUGAGUUGUUAAUUUCUAUCGGAUUUGUUCCUGUUGACAUGCCAAAACAACCCAAAGGAAAAGCAUUUGACGAUAAUCUAUUUGAAAUCACAGGGAAGGAAUUGAAUGCAAAUUCAGAGAAUUCUAAACUUAUUGGUGCAAUAUUGUGUGCUGCUUUGUAUCCAAAUGUUGUUAAGGUUCUCACACCGGAGAAGAAUUACGUCAACACAUUUUCGGGUGCAGUUCCACGAGCAUUUCAAGCAAGUGAAUUAAGAUUCAAGACAAAACAAGAUGGUUAUGUGAGUUUACAUCCAUCAAGUGUCAACUCAAAUGUUGGAAACUUCACUUCACCAUUUUUGAUUUAUCAAGAGAAAGUGAAAACUUCGAAGAUUUUCAUUCGUGACUCGACGAUGGUUCCCAUCAUUCCUUUGAUUUUAUUCUCAGGAACUGAUGUCAGAAUUGAGCUUCACAACAGUGAUUUUCUGUUCUUACUUGAAGAAGGUUGGCUUUUAAUUCAAGCAGAUUCAUUGAAGACUGCUGAAGGCAUGAAGUGGAUGAAAACCGAACUUAUGAAUAUUCUCGAAGAGAAGAUCAAAGAUCCGCUUUUGAACUUAUGGAAUCAUGAUCGGGGAAAGAGAGUCAUUGGGACAAUUGUUCAUCUUUUAACAAAAGAGUGAGACAAACCUUAAUGAUGUUUAAUAAAAAAAAUCAGUAACAAAAAAAGGCAGAAAGUGAAUCUAAAUAAAUAAAAAUUCUGCUUUUAAAAACAAUAGAAAA